UUCCUUCAACCCAACCCAAUCACCACGAGUAAUUCAAAAAGCAUGCCUUUCACGGUUCUUCUCAUGGACUGGACUCUUGUGUUUUCCACCACGAUAAAUAGACAGAGACCGUGGCUCUCCACUGGCACGCUCACAGCUCCGUUCUCCUUUCUAUUUAAUCAAAAGUUAAAAAAUAUCUCAGAGCCAUUUAGGACUUGACCCUAUUCCCACAUAACCAGCAUGUCUUCCUCUUCUUUGCCUUCUUUUUCCCUUCAAUCACAAUUACAGUCACUGAAAAACUCGUCUCAGCAGCUCUCCACUCGCCGACGAUCCUCCGUUGCUCCUAUCUCCGCCUCUGUAUCUGAAAAACCAUCCGUAACUAACUCACCUGUUACUGUUUCACCGACUGAAUCCACCAAACUUCCGCUUCGCAAAAUCCCCGGAGACUAUGGCCUUCCUUUUAUUGGUCCCAUCAAAGAUCGACAGGAUUAUUUCUAUAAUCAAGGCAAAGAGGAGUUUUUUAAGUCCAGGGCCCAAAAGUACCAGUCAACUGUGUUCAGAGUCAAUAUGCCACCAGGUCCUUUCAUCGCUUCUAAUCCACGCGUUGUGGUUGUGCUUGAUGGCAAGAGCUUUCCCGUUCUUUUUGAUGUAACGAAGGUCGAAAAGAAAGACCUUUUUACUGGUACUUUCAUGCCCUCCACAGACCUCACUGGCGGCUACCGAAUUCUCUCCUAUCUCGAUCCGUCUGAGACUAAGCACACUCAACUCAAGAACCUCUUGUUCUAUCUUUUGAAGUCUCGCCGGGAUUACGUAAUCCCUGAGUUCAGUUCUACCUAUAACAAACUGUUCGACGGUUUAGAGAAGGAUCUAGCAUCAAAAGGCAAAAUCGCUUUCAAUGAUCCUGGCGAAGAAGCUGCUUUUAGCUUUUUGGGUCGGUGUUAUUUUGGUGUAGAUCCCGUCGAUACAAAAGUUGGGACUGAUGGACCUAGUCUGAUUGCCAAAUGGGUACUGUUUCAGCUAGCUCCCAUACUUACCCUUGGCCUUCCGGCUUUUCUCGAAGAGCCCCUCAUCCACACCUUCCGUCUUCCGGCUUUUCUCAUCAAGAAAGACUACCAGAAACUGUAUGACUACUUCUACUCCUCCGCCGGAUCUGUGCUCGAGGAGGCCGAGAAGAUGGGCAUCUCAAAAGACGAAGCCUGUCACAAUAUUCUUUUCGCUACUUGCUUCAAUACCUUCGGUGGUAUGAAAAUCUUCUUCCCCAACAUACUCAAGUGGAUUGGGCGUGCUGGAGUCAAACUUCACACACAAUUAGCCGAAGAGAUCAGAUCAGUCCUAAAAUCCAACGGUGGAAAAAUCACUAUGGCUGCUCUGGAGCAAAUGCCAUUGAUGAAAUCUGCAGUCUACGAAGCAUUCCGUAUCGAACCGCCGGUACCCGCCCAGUACGGGAAAGCAAAACGUGACUUGAUUAUUGAAAGCCACGACGCGGCGUUUGAAGUCAAAAAAGGCGAAAUGAUAUUUGGAUUCCAACCUUUUGCGACGAAAGAUCCAAAAAUAUUCGAUCGACCGGAAGAAUACGUGCCGGACCGGUUCAUUGGCGAAGGAGAAAAGUUGUUGCAGCACGUGCUUUGGUCAAAUGGACCGGAGACUGAACAACCAACGGUCGGAAACAAACAGUGCGCAGGUAAAGACUUCGUUGUAUUUAUAUCAAGACUUUUCGUGGUGGAAUUAUUUCGACGGUAUGAUUCGUUUGAGAUCGAAGUUUCGUCAUCAACGUUGGGAUCUUCCAUCACGAUUACGUCGCUAAAAAGAGCAAGUUUUUAGGGUGCAGGGGGAAAAAAAUAAUUUGGUUAUUGAGUUGCUAUACUGAAAAAUAAAAUUAUGGAGGUUGGUGGUGUGAUAAUGUAAUAAUGGCUCCAAAAAAAAAGUUUGAAAGGUGACGUGGGAGUGGUGGAGGUUCAGUGGCUUGUUAGCUUUUUCAUUAUUUUAAGAUAUGGAAUCUUGUGUUUUUUAAUCAGAAAUAUAAAUGCUCAUCACAUUUUUAUUUUGCAAAUAAAAAUUGUUGUUUGUUUGGCGACAA